AUGUCUGCACCUUCCACUGUCACCGGUUUCAUGGGAUCCACAGGAGAUACCGAAUACACCAAGAAGAGUACUAGUGGCAACUCGCAUGGCUACCAAUCUUACGAUUAUGUCAGAAAAGGUCUCAAAGAAAGUCUGGAUGUUGAAGCAACUUGUAGAUUGACUUAUCACCCCCAAGAAAUGGACCUAAGCAAAAGAUAUACUUGCCAUCCCAGCCAUCUCAACGAUAUCCCUAUCGUGGGAAGAGGAAUGACCUUUGUUGAACAUAUUUCCGCCGCUAUUGAUGCGGAAGGGUCAGGCACAACGAUUAAAGUACCAGAAUCGAUUUAUGGGCCAGACCAUUUCUUGUCACGAUUCGAUAAACGAUUCAGAUGUGCCUCGACAGAAGACAGUCCAGCUAUUGAACAGUUUGGCGACUUCUCAACUAUUGACAUUGGGAAAUUUACCGCAGAUCAUAAUAACAAUAACAAUGAUGGGACUUCAAUUAUGGGUUCAAUCCCUCUUACUUUCCAUGCCGCCAGGGAGCUAGUGGAGACUCCAGAGAUCAGAGAGGAAAGGGAGGCAAGAGAGCAGAUCGAAGCUGAAGCAGCUGCAAAUGCUCCCAUUACUACAAUCCUUAGGUUCCCGGUUCAUAGUACAGGUAAAGAAGAGGAAAGAGCUGUGCAAAUUUUUAAGAACACUGAACCAAGCACCGUCGUACUCACCAUUCCUGAUUCCCGAGUCACUUUCUAUAAGUCUGAUCCCAACGCAGACAAUGUAUCAUGGAAUAUUGAGCCUUCGCCUUUGGGUCAUAACUGGUUCCGCGACGUAUCGGAAAAAGACCUUGGUAAAACCGACAAAAAGGACUGUAUUACGUUUACUGGACCUGAUAAUUGUAUGACCAAGCAUUUCACCAACGCGAAACCUGCCGAUUCUGGACAUAUCUUAUCUGAUGGUCUCAGAGAUCUCCUUGCAUGCACAGAGAUCUCAAUCCCGAACGAUGAUCCCGGAUGGCUACAAGAGCAACUUGAAGAAUGUCUCAAAGACCCUUCAGCAGCAAGUAAGCGUCCAGGGUUUACGGCCACUUAUCGUUUCACAAGAAUGGGCAACCCGUUAAAUUCCCCAGACGCCUGGAAGAAUCAUCCUCCAUCCCAGCCAAAGGGUUCGACCACGAGAAGUCUCGAAUCGCCUUCGGUCUCUUAA